GAAGGUCAGUUUUAUAACAUAUUUUCUUUAUUUAAGAUUUUAUGAUUGAUUUCAUUUCAUUAUCUUUUAAUCAUUUGUUAUUAAUUUUCAGAUAUCUAAUACACCAUAUAACAGGUCGUGAGCAUAUAACAGGUCUCAUGUCUCAGGCAGGUUCGUGAGCAUAUAACAUGUCUCAGGCAGUGGGUUGGCCAGAUCAGAAUCUGCAUUUUACUUUAUGGAGUUAUGCUUGUUUUGUGUUUGUUUUUGAAUCUCUCGUUUUAUACAGAGCAAAGCAAAAGUAGAAAAGAAUCAAGCUCUGGAACACUCGAUGAGUGAGAACUCAUGUCAACUAUGUGCAGUUGAAAAGCUGAGUUUUGAACCCCCGCCUAUAUAUUGUACACCUUGUGGUGCUCGCAUCAAGAGAAAUGUUAUGUUCUAAGUAUACAUCUAUAUAUCUAUAUUCGAAUUUCUUGUGGGGUUGUGCACUGCAGUGGGAUCAAUGUGACAGGUGUGAAGCCUGGCAGCAUCAAAUAUAUGCACUAUUUAAUGGUCGAAGAAACGAUGGGGGGCAAGCAGAUUAUACUUGUAAAAAUUGUUAUAUGGAAGAAGUUGAAAGAGGAGAGCGGAUGCCUCUACCAUAGAGUUUUGUACUUGGAGCAAAGGAUUUACCUCGAACCAUACUUAGUAAUCACAUAGAGAGCAGGUUGUUGUGAAAGCUGAAGUAGGAGAGACUAGAGCACGCAAGGUUCUAUGGGAAAACGUAUGAUGAGGUUCCUGGAGCAGAAGCACUUGUUGUCAGAGUGGUCUCUUCUGUGGACAAGAAGUUGGAAGUCAAGUAACGAUUUCUUGAGAUCUUUCAAGAGGAAAAUUACCUUGUGGAGUUUGGGUAUAAGUCUAAGGUGUUUCAAACGUUAUAACAACAGAUGCUCGUGUAGAUACUGACAUCUGGAAAAAGAUGGUACAUGUAGUUGUGAAGGGGCAACUACAGGCUUAUUAUAACUGGGCUAUUGCCAUAUCUGAUAGAGUCAAACUCCAUGGACACACAAAGGAAGCUGAAGAACUAUGGAAACAAGCAACAAAGAAUUAUGAAAUAGUUGUCAAACUAAACUGGAACAGUCGACAGGCUCUUAACAAUUGGGGACUUGCUUUACAGGAAUUAAGUGCAAUUGUUCCCGCCCGUGAAAAACAGACUAUAAGCAAUUUACAACCUUGGCACUGUUCUAAUCAGUUAGUCUAUUAUGGAUUAGCAGAAGACACAUCAAGAACUGGAGUACCAAUUGUUGGGAAUGAGAUUCCUUUCAAUGAAUUUUACAGUCAAUCUGCUAUCUAUAUAGCAUGGGAUGGAGAAGGGGCAACAUGUGUGAUAGAGGUGACAGUGAGUGGUGCAGGGAGUGAAAGUGAAGCAGCAAUGAUUGCACGUUUAGUGGCAUCUUCUCCACUUACCAAGGUGGUAAUUUAUGGCAGGGAUCCAAAUUGGGGGCGGAUAGCAUGCCAACCACUUCCAUUUGAUAGGUCAGGAGCUAGUAAUUACCUAAAAGAGGCUGGUGAUGCUCAUGGCACUGUCAAAAUUCAAAUAUCCAUAGUUGAACAAUUCGGACGGAAGGGAACAGAGGAAGAAUAUGAGGACGAGGGGGAUUAUGAACAAAAGUUGCAUUCAACUACAAAUAAAAACUCGGUUUUUAAGUUUUUGAUGGAAAAGAAUAGUGUUAAUGCUCUUCAUAGAAAAGUAUGUUGGUAUGUUAGGAAAUUUGGCUAAUAAUUUAGUUAAUUAUAUAAAAAUUGUUGAAAUGUUACAUUUGUC